GCCGAGCCAUGCCGGCGGCGCUGUAGCCGAGCGGAGAUGGACGGUGUCAGCAGCAACAGGAACAUGUCUUACAGUAGAUGGAGUUACAACAGUGUUCUGGAUGAUGAGGGGAGCAGCCUGCGUCAGCAGAAGCUUGACAGACAGAGAGCACUGCUGGAACAGAAGCAGAAGAAGAAGCGCCAGGAGCCACUGAUGGUUCAGUCCAACGUGGACAGCCGGGCAAGGACGCGCAGGACGAAACAUUCGGAGGAGCAGGCCCCGCUGGUUGAGUCCUAUCUCAACAGCAACAGCAGCACCAUAUAUCAUGCAGUGCAGGAGGCUGAACAGGAAGAUGUAAAGGUGGUAGUGGACGCCCAAGCUCCGAAACCAACUAAAAAAACCAAGGCAGCAGCUGCGAGCUGUCAGAGUAGCAGCACCAGAAAGGAGAAAAAAGGGAAGCACAAAGGGAUUGAUGGCCCAGCUGCUUUUCAAGAUGAUGUUCAGAAGAUAGGAAGUCAAGUGCAGAUUCUCACUGUUGGACAGUCUAGCCAUGAUGAAGAUGAUGGUGACAAAGUGGCUACUGGCCAACAACAGCAAAGCAAGCAAGAUCUUAGAACAGCAAUGCAGAAGAAAGAUCCCCAUGCAAAUACAUCCUGGUCCUCUUCCACCUCCCAAUCCAGUCUUGUCGCCCUGGAUCAUGUUCCUGGCAUUUCAAGUAGCAUGAAUUUUGAUGAGGAAGAAGAUGAGGAGGAUGAAGACAGCUCCAGUUCUUCACAGUUAAACAGUAACACCCGGCCUGGUUCUGCCACGAGCAAGAAAUCCAAUAAGGAAGCGGCCUCAGCUCCCAGUCCUUCCACAAAUGAGCCUCUCAUAGAUGUGGAUGACCUGGAGGAGUUUGCUGUCAGACCUGCCCCACAGGGGGUCACUGUCAAGUGCAGGAUCACAAGAGACAAGAAGGGAAUGGACCGAGGGAUGUACCCUACUUAUUACCUCCACUUGGAAAGGGAGCAUGGUAAAAAGGUGUUUCUGUUGGCUGGAAGGAAACGAAAGAAGAGUAAAACCUCUAAUUACCUCAUCUCUAUAGACCCAACUGACCUGUCUCGGGGUGGAGAGAGUUUUAUUGGAAAACUGAGAUCAAAUCUUAUGGGAACUAAGUUUACAGUUUAUGACAAUGGAGUAAAUCCAAUGAAAACAACAUCCAGCCUGGAGGCGAGCACCCUGCGUCAGGAGCUAGCUGCUAUUUGUUAUGAAACAAAUGUCCUGGGGUUUAAAGGACCUCGUAAAAUGAGCGUGAUCAUACCAGGAAUGAAUAUGGAUCAUGAAAGAGUUUCCAUCAGACCACGAAAUGAACAUGAGACGCUUCUUGCAAGGUGGCAGAACAAAAACACAGAGAGUGUCAUUGAGCUGCACAACAAAACCCCAGUCUGGAAUGAUGACACCCAGUCCUACGUUCUGAAUUUCCACGGUCGAGUCACGCAGGCCUCGGUGAAGAACUUCCAAAUUAUCCAUGAUAAUGAUCCUGACUACAUCGUGAUGCAGUUUGGCCGCGUGGCUGAGGACGUGUUCACCAUGGACUACAACUACCCAAUGUGUGCACUACAAGCCUUUUCCAUUGCCCUUUCCAGUUUUGACAGCAAGCUGGCUUGUGAGUAAAGGGGCGUGGGUGAGCAUCCUCUCGAAGGAAGCAGUUUGCCAUAUGAUUCCCAAUUCCUGCUGGUGUCGCUUAUGGUCCAUACUAAAAAGGUCAGGGAAAAAUACAGUUGUGGAGGACCACUCUGUUGCUGAAGAGAAAGUAAAAGGAAUCUUCUAAAAUUUCAGGACAUUCAGGAAAUUAUAUUUUCCUUUUUUUUUCUGUCAUGUUUUUCUGGAAGUGACAUCAAGUUUUUGUAAAUAGGAGUUGUCUCUCACGUCCCUGGUUGUGUUAUGGAUGUGUGCCAUGAUGUACUGUACCGUGGCUCCAGUAGCACCAUGACAGUGGUGUCUUUUUUAAAAAUCCAGAAAGGGAGUGAGUGCUCCAAAAGUUUCUUUUUACAUUUAAGAAUCAUUCCGAGGCUGCAGUCGUACCUCAAGGUUGCAUUCCUGCAUCAACUAAUCAGAGCUUCACAUCAUCCAGCAUAAGAGAAAGAUAAGGAAAAAAGAUGCACUUUUUUUUUCUUUCUCUUUUUUUUUUUUGAUUGUGCAAGGAUCUCAUGUAGUAUAAAGCCGAGUCUGAAGGUUGAAAACCUCUAAUGGACUGAACUUGAUGCAUUGCUAUUGUACAUGUAGUAGGGCAUGAUGAAUUUUAAUUGCAGUUGGAGGAAAUGGAGAAGUGGAAAGCACAAAAUAAUGUUGCACAAGUCACUUGAAUUCUAAGCUGUCAUUAUGUUUUAACAUCUACAUGCUUUUUAAUUUGUUUCAAAUGGAAGUGUAUUUGCUGUACAGAAAGGGAAAAGGAAAACAUCUUGAUGCCAAGAAAGCAUAACUUAUGUUGCAUUUGGCAUUUCAUGGGCUGGGAAUUUAUAUCCUUGUAUUGCUGUGGUAAUUCAAACACAUAUUUUGUAUGAAGUGAUAUAAACAAUUGGAUAAAGGCACUCUGCAGAGAGUCUUACUAUUUUGAACAGGCUGUGUAAAGCUGAGGAAGGUAAAUGGAAAUAUUUUAUUAAAUUUGUCUGGCCUUUUGAGCUUUUACAAUUUGUUGAUCGCAUUUUUUGAACUUUGAGCAACAACCACUUUUCAUAUUUAUUUCCCCUUGUAAGAAUGCUUGAAAUCGAUUGAAACUGUGUAUGUUGUUCUCUGAUGUAAACGUGCCAGCUACUGAGCUAAAUCCUUCUAGGCAAAUCUAGUGUAUGCUGCAUACAAAUGAGACACUGGCAGGACACAAAAUAGCUUAAAAUAGUGCAGAUUUUGCAUCUCCAUUUUUCUGAUCUAUCUGGAAUAUAUAAACAAAUACCAUUUCAAAACAAAACACAAGCAAAGAACAAGCCAUGGUUAUCUUCUCUCCUGAACAUUUCAAAAGCCAGGAGCUGCAACUCUUGAAAGCACAUUGUAAAAAUAAUGGUCACACAUCUUUAAAAAUAAUGGUCUUGCUGCCAUUUUCUGUGCAAUGUUGUCCAGAAUGGCACACAGAGUAAUAGAAUUUAUAUGUUCACCAGAAGGGUGUGGAAAUGUGAGUGAAGUAGUAGCUUUGUUUUAUACCGCAUGUAUUCAGGCCCUCCUUUUUAUUCCUUAUAAACCCUUGCACUGCAUAACCAGAGAUUAUGUAAUGUAAAAAUGAGAUCAAAUCUGAUUGUCUCAUAGUUGACAGGCCCUUUUUGACUGUAGGGGACAGGCCAUAAAGCUCUUCUUAAGGUCGUGUCAUUUGGACUGUAUCAUUUCAACUAACAAAAGAAAUAUGCUCUCUUCACCUUUGCCUUCAGCUCUCCUUCCCAGUAUACAAACAAAGGAAUUUCAGAUAAGAGAUGAAAACAAAUAAUUACCAGCAUUUUUUCUAAUCUUUUAAACAAUCUAUGGGAAGAAAGUCUUCUGGUUUUAAACAGUGUUUUGUUGAUAGACUCAGCAUGUCAAAUAUUCUCUUUAAUUAACAGGAAGCUCUGUCUUUUUUUCCCCUCUCAUCUUUUUGCAAGGAGCCUUUCCAUGCAAUGGUAUAAAAUGGAAAGACACCUUUUGUUUGAGAGAAAGGAGCAUCAGUUCCCUCCAUGAAUGAUCCAAGUGCUGAGUCAUGAGCCACAGGGUGAUACUGUGGCUUUGCAUAUGGGUGCUUUGUUUUUCUUUCUAGCUGGUGGUUUCCCACAGUUUCACAUCCCCAUCUGUCAUCUCACUUUGGAUUUAACAGAGAAGGCCUUAGGCCUUUGCUUACCCCAUCUCAGCCUUUAAAAACCAGCUCCAGUGACCGCCAGAAUUUUAUGUUUGGACUACUGCAAAACCAGUCAGGGAUUCCCAGUGCUGUUAUUUAAGUGUGAUGUGGAUUUGAAGAACUCUGCAGCGUGGGAAUGGCUGAAUCUGCAUGGCUGGAAUUCUGUGCCUUGCCAGUCACACUUCAGAGCCUGAGAAAGUGGCACCUGACACAGUUUUCUGCCUCUGUCCCUGCACAAGACUGUGUCAAAGGAGCUGAGUAUCUCGUGGUGCAAAAACACAAUCUGCUGGCUUUAGUGGUGGAGCUGCUUUGGGAAGGGUUAUUUUUAACCCAGAUCAUAACAAUGGUCUGACUCACAUCAUGACCCCCCAGGGAAUCGGCACGAAAGGAAACUCAUGUGCAGUGAACUCCUGCACAAGGGUGAGAAUGAGGGGCUGGGGAAAGGCUGCAAGUUCAGCUUCUUGGGACAAUUCUGCUGCCAGCACAUUGUGUAACUUCACUCUCACUGCAUGUUCUUCCCAGCCAGGUAUUUUUUUUUUAAACCUAUAACCAUGCCAGGAGGAAAGUGGUGACUCAAAUUCCCAUCAUCUUAACAGAGUCUGACAGGGCCAUCAGCCAACGAGCUGCUGAGGGAAAAACUCCCCACAAUAACUGGAGGUCACUAGAGGGGGAUGUUAAUCUGGGACUAGGAAUGAGGAACUCUCAUUAAAUCUGGUUCAGUUAGAAUAGGAUUUGCUCCUAAUGCCCUUUGCCCAAACCCUAAUUCCUCACUAUUGUUGAGCAUGGUGCUGGGCUUGAUUCACUUGGCCUUCACCAUCUGCUCUGGAAGCAGUUUCAACCAUUAAUUUUGAAUCUAUAUAAUUUCUGAUGGAUAAUUUUUGCUGGAUAUCUUCUGGUAAAGGUCACAUGCAAGGUGAUAUCACAAGCUUUCCAGCAUGUCUCUAAAUUUUGUCCUCCUAACUUGGAAAGGUCAAACCAAGUUCUGUCAUACCUGAAAUUACAUUUUCCUCAUGAAGUUACAUUUUCUUCCCCGUCAGUAAUAAAAUCAUGCCACUAGUGAGUGUUUUCAGAGACAGAUGCACACUGAAGUAACCAAGGAGUAAUUAGUGGUACACUCCUGUUAGUAACUUCUGCUGGGCCUGCAUUCAGUGUGCAGCAGGGCAUAACCUUGUUUAUUCAGUGUGACAAAGAAUAGAAUGGCCCCGAGCUGUGUAUUUCCUUCACACAGUCUUAGUGAAUGUUUGGAUAUGGUAGAUUUAAUGUUAUUUAAAAUCCCAAUAUUGAUGAUUUUUUGCAUCUGCUGUUGAUUUUGGCAGAGUUGUAAACAAAUUCCUUGCCUGAAUUGCUUAUGGGCAAAUGCUGCAUGCUUUAAUGAGAGUUCUUAAUCUAACUUGUCACUCUGUUUACAUCAAACAGUUUCUUCCUGGCCCUUUAUCUAAUUUUCUUCAUCUCUGAUGUUCUGUUCCUUCUCAUUCUCUUUACAAUUCCUUUAUCUGCUCUUCAAGGAUGUGCAGCUCAAAAGUGUUUGACAAUAUUGCUCAGUGAUCUCUCCAGAGAUGAAUAAUGCCUUUGGUGCACAUUCAGUGAUGCUCCUACAAUAGAAGCCUUAUCAGAGGGGUGAAUUUGGCCCUUUGGCUUUUCAGUAGAGUAAAUUAACACAUUAAAAGGUAGCAGAUAAAAAAGCUUGCCUAAAAUAUAAUCAGAAUUUUUCUCAGUAAAUAUUCAGUUUCCAAAGCAUUGGUUGCAAAUCAAUGAGCAAGCCUGGAGGCAGGCUGUUAGAUUUCCUUUGUAGUGCUGCCUUAUUUUCCCUUUUUUUUUCCAAAAGGUUGGAAGUGAUUUUGUGAGCUGAAUUGUGUUGGUGGCCUAAAAUAGUUUAUUUUUUAGAAGCUAGGCAUCACUCUGUUCCUUUUGUAGGAUAAUAUAUGGCACAUAAAUCAGUAAUGUCAUAGGCUCUUGUUAUAAAUUCUGCAGUUAAGAAAUCAGUGAGAAUGGUUUUGUCAUAAUUAUUGGGCAAAUCUGUUGUUAUUCAAGUUGCCUUACAAUAGUGCUGGAGUUCCCAGCUGGCUGUCCUCAUGAGGUCCUAGAACUGAAGGAGCUGGAGUGAAAAGGGCUCUGUAAUAAAAUCUGGUGGCUGCACAAUUGAAAAAUAUCAUUGUGGAGUCAAAUGACACCACAGAGUUUUAUCAGUCAUGGGGAACCAAUGCCAUCAAUUCAAACUUUCUGAGCCUUUGCUCCCUUGUAGUGAACAAAAGAGGGGCUUUAAACAAGCAGUGACACCAGUGAGCUCUCUGAAAGUAUUGGGCAUUAGACCAACUUUUCUGCUAUUAAAAUCUUACCCCUGCCUGGGUGAUGCCCUUUAAAAAAUCAGAAAAUCAAUGCAGUCCUUACUAUGGAAAAUCAUUCUCAGUUCUUGUGUCGUAGCUUUUUACAAAUUUUAUUAUUAAUUAAUUUGUGAUUUCACAUAAGGAUAAAACAAGGAUGGGGAAAAAAGUUUUUGCCCUGAAGGGAUGAUGAGUCUAGACCAAUAUCAGAUUACUUUGUUUAUUUUAGUAGGACAAGACAGGGAGUUGCCUGGUGUUCUGGGCAGAGAAGGUUUCUCCUAAUGCAUUGCAGGUGUCAGGGAGAUUUUGGAUUUGAUCCUGUGACAGUCUAACUAUUUGCCCCAUACUAUCCCAUUGCUUUCCUAAAACAUCAUUUGUGAGAUUUUUUUUCCUGCUUUUACAGAAGCCUGUGCUCGCCAAUCAGAUAUCUUUGCUUGGCAAUUAAGGACAGCACAGCAGUCACCUUUAUUAGAAUUAUGAGCUGAUGACUCAGAUUUCUCAAAAGGCCUCAUUUUGAUUACUAGAAUAAAGUAGUUUUAUACAUACAAAUCUUGCAGUAGAGUUAAUCUAACUGUAGGUGCAGGCUUCUCUUGUAUGUGCUACUUAAUGGAAUCAGGUUCCUGUUGUUCUUCAUGUACAAAAAGUCCCUUCCAGGGUUCUGCUCUGUGUUUGAAAUUAAUUAUGUAGUUAUUCUUCAGUUCUUUUUGUUGCUUGCCAAGGAACUAAGAAAAGAAUUUGCACAACUAUCUCAAUGCUUUGGUGUUUUGCUAUGAACUAUAGCUCAGUAGCUGAUACUCACAAAUGCCUGUAUAUUGGAUGAAAAUGCAUUAAAACUUAUUUUGUAUGUUGUAUUUUAUUUAACUGCCUAUACAUUUUUGAUUCCCCUUUUUCAGUUAGGGUAUGCUUAUCUGUACCUUUACUAAGAUUUGAAUUGAGUGGCUUUCCUGAACUCUUCAAUGGAACCAGUACUCUGGUUUGCUGAAAGGCUCUAGGAAGAGGACACUGUUCAGAAAAAUUAUGUGUACAUUUUUGAGAAGAAACCUUCCCCAUUCACAUCAUAAUUGGAUUAUACAAUAACACUGGAAGCUUAUCAUGGUUUUAUUUAAGUCUGCAGUGGCAAUUUGAAAAUUACUUCGACAGAAGCUUGUUAAGCACAUGGACUGUAACAAAGUCCUGCUUGAGAGUCAGAACCUCACGAGUACCUGGAAUACUCAUGAUCUAUUCUGUGCUUGGGUACAGGCAAAAAAAUGUCCUGAAGAGUCAAAAUCUGUGGUAAAGUCAACACAGUCUUCUAGGUUGACUCAACACAGGCUUGGGGAUCGGGUCACCUGGGCUUUAACCCCAGCAGAGUGUCUGACUUUGUGCAAAUCCUUGAACCUCUUUGUGCCUCAAUUCCAAUUAGUUGAAUGGAACUCCUGGGUUUUGGCCUGGCUGUGUCCAUCUCUGUUCUGCUGAGAGGAUUUCCAGGAGUGCUUUGAGGCUGGUGGGUGACAGGUGGUGUUGCCAUGCUCAGAACUCAAUUUAAUGCUCCCUGAACCAACCAAAAUAUGAAGUUUUCUGCUGCCUGUGUAGAAACCACAUAACUAACCAAUCUCUUAGGAUCAAAUCUUGAUGCUGUUGAAUUCUUGUCAAUGAUUUAAGUGAGACUUCAAGUUUUUUUUUACCUUGUGUUAUUUUUGGUCCCUAAAAGUGCAGAAAAAACCAGUAAGGACAAACCAUCUGAUACACUAUUCCUUCUGACAGUGUGUGUUGUUGGUUGUGUUUUACUUCCCAGCAUCUGUUGUUUUAAAACUAUUAUUCCUGAACACAUUACAGAGUUUCACUUAAUGCAAUCACCUAUUUAUGCUCUUUUAUGUAGCAAACUGAGACACUUGGCAGUUGUGCUGCAAAUUGCCUUUUUGUAUUUUUGUUUGCUUUUUCCCUUUCCCUUGGAUGUGACUCAGUUGUUCAGAACUAUUGUUACUGCCCACUUUGACUCUGUCAUGCACAUUUGAUUUCAAAACAAUGAGCCUCAUGAUUUCUGACUACCUUUAUACCCAGCUGGGAUGUUUACAGUGUUUCUCACAUUUCACCCUGCAUCCGUGGCUUCUUACUGAGGCUGUCCCAGUCGGCACAAUGCCAUUAGAAGUGUCAGUAAUUUAUGAAGUGUAAGAGUAAUUCUCAAAGUAACAGAAUGUAAUUUAUAAACAUUUUUAUAAAUUUUAGCAUUAAAAUCUAGCUAGGUUUAAUGCUUACAGUUUGGAUGAAAUUGCAAGGAGAUUAUUUGUUCAAAAUUUUCUUUCCUUAAGCUUGGUUUGCAGCUUGAGCUUGCAUUUAGAAGAUAUAGGAAGCUUUAGGAAGCUUCUGAUCCUGCAGCUCCAUGCAGAUUGCCAGACUGUGACUGCAGCAAGCUGUCAGUGUGAUGAGGACACACUAAAUGAUGAGAAUUCCAAAGUCCUGGCAAGAGUGCACUUCUUAAUUCUCUUAGGUACUCUUGGACAUCACAUGGGAAAUUGUGUACCUUUCCUAUAUUGACUUACUUACCAAAUAACGGCAGGAAUAUUUUCACUCCCUUUGAAUUUCCUUUUUUUUUUUUUUUUUUUUAAGGCUUACUAUCUAGGUAAGUGUAAUCUUAACAUUUAGUCUUGAUGUGCUGGAAAAUUGCAUCAUGUGAUCACUUAUUUUGCCAGUGCAGAAAAUCUCACCGGCACACAAAACCGGAGUGUGUUGGGUGGGCUUUGGCCACUGCCCAUGGAAUCAGAAAGGUUGGAAAAGAUCUCAAAGAUCAUCAAGUCCAGCCUUUGAUGUUCAGUGUUCAAACAAGUUUAUGAGCCCUGGCAGCUCAUAGCAGGAGGUCUUCAUUCCAGUCUGGGUCAGCAGAAGAUAACCCAGUUAUUACCAUCCUGUUCUCUUCCCUAGGGAGAAUCUCCUGGCUUUCUAGAAGUAGAACUUUGUUGAUCCUGAUGUGUCUUUAAAUAUUACAGCAUUUUUUAGCUAUUUUAAAAAUAUUUUCAAAGAUGUGGUUUAAGCUCAAAUAAAAUAGUCUUUCAAGUAGUUAGAGGUGUACCAAGUGGGCUUGGUUGAGAGGCAGCUGCUUUUUCCAGCAAUUUCCUCAGCUGUUGUACGAACAGAGCUUGAUAGUCCUGCUGGAAAAAGCAUAACAUAGCUAUUAUAUUAUGUCUAUCUGUCUAUCUCAGCAUAUUAUAUAAUAAUAUGCUUUCCUUGGGUUUUGCCCAAUGAUGCUGCUGGUUUGUGCACCAUGACAUUUCUUUCUGAAGGGCAGAAUUUCCAGUACUAAAUACAAAUAGAGCUGUGUUUUCUAGUAAAGGCUCUGCCUCAUUUCCUGCUGCCUUACAUGUGGUUUGGUAUUUGUUACUAAAAAUAUAAACUUUUCAUCCAAGAAAAAAACAGGAUUUCUAAACAAAAUCACUGACACUUAGUGCCGUAUGUCUGGAUUGGCAGGAGGCUUUUUUUGCCAACCAGGAAUGUUGUUAUUCCUUACUGUUCCAGCUGUUGCCAUGGGUGAGCACUAGGAGACAGAGGGUCUCCAUUUACAACUUCAUCCUCUAGACUAAACUGUUUCACUAUAGAAUACUGGAAAACCAAACCAUGUAACUACAGAGUUUUCAUCAGGCAAUUAAGUUGCACUGAAAUCGAGUUUUAUGCUGAUUAAUUUAUGAGAAUGACCUCAAACUAACAUGGGAACACUGAGCAAAUGUCAGGAACUGAAAAGUUGCUCAGCAAAAUAUUUAAAUCAAGUCCACUGAGUUUUCAUAAGUAAAAAAAAAAAAAAAAGCAAAACCAAUGAGGCUCUAUUUCAUUCCUAAUUGUAUUUAGUUGAGGAUUCAGUGUUUUAUAAUGUAGGCUGAAAAGAAAUUCUGUGUACUGUUUAUUCUAACUUCUGCUUUAAAGUAGGGUUGCAACAGUGAUGUGUACUCUUACAAGAUUUCUAACAGUGUCACCUCAAAAAGCUGAUUGUGGAAUAUAGCUCUAACUGAGUAAUUCUCAAGAGUUACUAAGUCCAGUGAUAGUAUGACAAGGUUUUUGUUGGUUUUCUUUUCUUUCCAAAAGAACCCCUAACCUGUUUUCAAAAACACCAUUUAUUCUGCCUUUUGGACUACAUUACACAAGUCCAUGAGGUUGAAUUCCUGUUUGGUAACACUUCAAACACUUUCUUGCAGGUGGUAGAUGCUUUUCAGCUUCUUGGUAAUCUGUGUUACUGGAAUUCCUUCUUUUGUUUUAAGUUCUCUGAUUUUUUUCCCCACCCCAUCUAUAACCUUCUCUUCUUUCAAACAUGUGCAGGUUUUUCCAUAUAGGAACACUCUAGAGCACUAAGUCAGUGAAAGCUCUAUAAAGUCAAUAUCUGUGAAUUAAAGUGUGUUAAAUCCCUGUGUAUAUGUUCUCAUUUUGAAGUAGGGUGGCCUUCAAUUCUGGUUGCAUAAUCUUCCACCUGGGUAUUCAUCAAGUUGGGCAGUUCAAGGUCGUUGGAGAGUUUUAAAGUGCUGAACAGGUUUCAGACCAAGCCCUGGUGAACAUGUAAAGGGAUUCACCCCUCUGCACUCUCAGGGUGGCACUUAGGACUUACUGUACCACAUCUUUUGGCUUCUUGAACUGUACCUCAAAGCUCAGCACCUGCACAGUAGAGGCCACAUUUCCCAAGUCCUGUUUUCCUACUGAAGUAGUUUUUAGCACUGUCUGAUUUAUUGCCACCUGAAUGAUGAAUUUAAGCUUCCUGACAACAGUGUGCUUUCUGCUUGGGAUUUUGUGGCUGCCAGGAUGCUUUACUAGUGUAGCAGAGCUUGACUCUGGGAGUGUGAUGUAAAUGAUGCCUGUAGAACUAGGUUUAUUUUCAGUGCCCAUCAGAUGAUAUGCUUGUUUCUCAGAAAAUAAUCUUCCUUUCUCUUUUUCUUCUUCAUUUCUGUCUGCCUGGAUCUGGAGGAUGAGAGCCCCUCUUAGCAUUCAUGCAAGCCCUGUCAGAAAAGCACACAGAGAGGGUCUCUCACGGAGCCAUGCAGCUCUCACAUGCUCGCUGUCACCCUGCCCUGUCACAGUGCAUGUCUGUCCCCGUGUGCUGUCCCCUACCUUGUGUGUCUGUCACCAGCCAGAGGACACGGCUGCAGAGACGUGCAUGGAAGCUUAGCAGAGAAAAUGCCGAACCGAAGCCAUUAACUCACAGCUCUCCCAAUCCUGAAGAAAGAGCUCCUCCUGAAGGCAAAAACCGGGACCUGAGGCUCUUUCAGUCACUUGAACUUUCCUUGUGUUCACAUUGCAUUUCAGAAGAGAACACCUUUCUGUUAUACUUGCACUAUUUUGAGUCCUAAGCCCAGAAAAAGGCAGCACAGAAUCCAAGGAGUGCAGUUGCAGAGAAGCAAAGCAAAGUGCAAACAAGCUCCAUGUGCAGAUGUGCAGGGAGUCCAGCCUGCAGGCUGGGCAGGGGGAUGUGCUGGCGAUGGCAGGAGGGCGAUUUCCUGCCAGAAAAUGGAUGGGCACCCUGCUUGGCACUGCUUGGAGGGAGUCAUGGGUUUCAGUGUUCAGUGAUAGACUGAUGGUCACUGCUUAUGUUGUGUUAUAUUGGUAAGAGCUCUGUCCAUACUGUUUGUUUCUCAUCUAAACGGCUUGAUUUCUGUACAGAUUUCUUCAUAAUGUCAUUUUCACCCAUUUAUUUCCAUGUCUGGCCUAAUCCCAAGCCUGCUGGCAUAACCAAUGUUUCUUUCUAACUUCUGUUGUGUCUCCAUAAUGCUACACUUGUGUGUCCCUGCCAGACUCCUCAUGUCUUCUUGUCUUUGUUUAAAUGUGGGCUUAACUGGAUCACAAAAAUUGGGCAUUACUGGCAUGAACACUUCAGGAAAUCGGAUUUGGAAGGGAGGCCAAAGUUUGCUCUCACAUACAUCUCAUGAAGACUUGUUGACACUCAAAGGGGGGAUCUAGAAUAUCUGUUGGUGAAAAAUGUUCACCUUUUUCAUUAAAUGUGCUGCCAGAUUCAGUGAUGUCAAAUGCUGCACAGUGCAUUUAGAAAAACAAAACCUUGCCCAUGAUUUAAGGGAUAAAAUAGGGUGGAACUGAACCUGCACAAGAACUAGCAAAUCACAGGGAGUUUCCCUAAGAAACAAGGUCUGCAAGGAACAAACCUCUUACAAUGGCUUACUGAAAAAGAUGUAUGAAAACGACAAAUAUUGGAGCUUUAAUAAUUUUUUAUUAUCUUAAAAGUGUAAACAUCUUUUCUGGUGAUUGAAACUAAGUUUAUUUCAAAUUAAAGUCCUGUGCUCAGUGACAGGAAAAUCAGGUCCUCUGACAGUUGAAUGCAAAGUAUAAAGGGGACAUCCAUACAUGCCCAGCAGGAUUGGCAGUUUCCAGUGUGGGAUGGGUUUAGUUUAUGACUUUCCCAACAUUUUCUAGGUUUAGAUGUGCAAACAUUUGUGCACACACACAUAAAUACGGAUACAGUCUUAAGAAAACUCCUUUGGUGGUAUCUUCUUUCCCCUCUGUUCACAGUGACAGCAUAAACCAUGUUAUUCAUUUUAUUAAUUUGCCUUGGGGUUAAUAGUUGCAAAAUAUCUCUAAAAGAGUAAGUUACUUGAAACCUCUUCUAAAAUCAUUUUGAGCAAGUGAUUUUUUUUCUGCUGAAAAGAUUACAAAAAGUUGUUCUCUCUCAUGCUUUCCGUGUAGUAUCUAUUACAGAGAACCAUCUGCUUUUCCUUUGAGCUGACUUUUCAGCAGGAUUCAUCCACACAGUGGGCCAAUCUCUACCCCAUGAUCACAAGACUGGGGCUUUUGUUUCUCCUUUUUGAACAAAUUCUUACACUCAAGAGCAGAUAAACAAAACAAAAAAUGUCUGUGGAGGAUGUUUUGUAAUUUGUUGCACCUCUGGGAGUAUCUCAGACAGUACAUACUCUAGAGGUGGCUCAUUUCUGAGAGUUCCUAGUAGCCACUGAGCUGAUUUGGUACUUUCCAACACUGUCUUCAUCCAACUAGUGACAGUCUGAAAGAUCCAGUGUUUGGGAGCAGCUGUAGAAAUACUCAUUUUAGAAUAUGUUGAGACUAUAUCUGCCUGUAAAGAAAAAUAACCUUUGUUUCUGACUUGUUUACUUAAACUUCAAGAAGUAGAAAAUGUGCUACAUUAAUGUUUCUGUCCCUAGAAAAUGAAGAAGCAGAUUAAUUAUUUUUAUUUAAUUUUUUGUUUUAAUUCCCACAGUAAACAUUUUCUGAUUCAUCUCUUUGCCUUUCUUAAAUAAACCGAUAUUAUACAGUAGAAUUUGAA